GCUCUAAAAAUAUGUAAAUUAUGGCCUCAAAUUACCGUAACAAUACAGAUGGUAAGAUGACAGUUUUCUCAUUUAAAUAAAGUCUAUUAACUAGUACUGUAAUUUCAGACUCAGGAGUCUAAUCAACAGUCUAGUCAACUUACCUCUCAGUCUAGUGAUUCUGGCCAACUUUCUUCCCAGUCUAGCCAACCUACACGUCCGCCUACAAGGCUUCACUUAUCCUCCGCGGCUAUUGAAUCAGCAAGAGAAAAAUUGCUCACAUUCCAAAAAGCCCGAGAAGAAGGGGAAGAAGUUGAAGAAGAGGAAGAAGAGGGAUAUACAGGAUCAAGGGAGAUAACUAUAAAAGAAAACGUAUCACUUGAAGAAUAUCUCCGUUAUCGUGAAAAUAAUGUGCAUGCUUCAGUUCGCAUGUACUUAUGGGAUGGGAAAAUUAUAAUAUAUGAAGUACCUUCCACUCCUCAUGCAGAAGUAACAGGAGAGAUCAUUGGAAUGUUGGCCGCAUGGAACAGACAGGAUUUUCGAUACGGUACUGAAGCAAACACAAAUUUGGGUCAGGGUAGAAAUAAAGAACCAGAUGCUUACGUCCGACCAAAACAUCGUAAUCCACCACCACAAGGUGCACUAGCUGCAGAUAUUUAUGGAAACCCGUUUCCAACAAUGAUGAUUGAGGUUGGUUUUUCUCAGAACCUUCCUGAUCUUCAUAGAACAGCAGCUCGCUACUUCAAUCCACUAACCACGAUCCAGAUUGUGUUAGCCAUCAAGAUUUUUGGAGUUCGUACAAAUGCUCUUGCAAACACUAGCACUAUUGCACUUAUUGCUGCAUUGUACCUUCGUACAAGUCCAACCCCGCUUAUUCCAACUAGUGUCAUUUCUUUUGGGACGGCAAAUCCUGAUAUAAAUACUGAAAACUAUAUUACAGGUCAAAUGGGUGUUCCUCCUGGUAGCUUUAUUGGUGUAGGGCGUCCUGAUCCUAACAACAAUAACAUUAACUUUCCUCCUUGCAAUGCAGCUAACAUCCCGACAUAUAUAAUGAAUAUUCCAGGAACAGAAUUAUAUAACGGAGUUCCACAAAAUAACCUUCCAGUAGGGUUUGCUGCUGGAUAUAAUUUGGACCUCUGGGAGCUUCAAGUUUUAGUGCGAGAAGCUAUGCACAUAUAAUUUUAUCAAUGAAAUAUCAAUAGAAAAAAUCUUUAAUGCAUUAUAAUUUGUAUUAUAUAUUAAUUACUAAACAUCCUAAUUAAUCAUCUCUUAAAUUUUUAGCUUAAUAUUAAUUCUUAAUAAAAAAAGAUACACAGAUUAGCUUUACAGAUUGGUGUACAUAUUG